CCCCCGGACGCUGAGCUUCUGCCAGCAUGGCUUCUCGUGGGGUCAUUGGGGUUUUCCUCCUCUCUGCUCUCCCCCUCUUGUGUCUGGAGCUCCGGCGUGGGAUCCCCGAUCUAGGCGUUAAAGAUCUAGUUUUGCUGUGUGGUCGGAUUUUCUUACUGCUUGCUCUUCUUACCUUAAUUAUUUCUGUGACUACCUCAUGGCUUAAUUCAUUUAAAUCGUCCCAAGUGUAUCUGAAAGAAGAAGAAGAGAAGAAUGAGGAAAAACAAAAACUUGUCAGAAAAAAACAACAAGAGGCUCAGGGUGAAAAGGCCAGCAGAUACAUAGAGAAGGUUCUAAAACCUCACCAGGAAAUGAAGCUGAAAAAACUGGAAGAACGCUUUUAUCAGAUGACGGGUGAAACCUGGAAGUUGAGCAAUGGCCAUAAGCUUGGGGGUGACGAAGAUUUGGUGCUGGAAGAUGAGAGCCAGACAGCUUUUAAAACAUCAAACAGAGAAGCAGCAAAGAGACGAAACUUGCCUAAGCUGUUAACCAAAAUCUCGCCAUCUGCUGAGCAGCCCACGCGGAAGGAGGUUCUUGAUCUACCUGAAGAACCUCCUGAAACAGCUGAAGAAGUAGUUACUGUUGCCCUCCGAUGUCCAAGUGGGAGUGUCCUGAGAAGAAGAUUUUUUAAGUCUUGCAGUUCACAGGUCUUAUUUGACUGGAUGAUGAAAAUUGGGUACCACACAUCCCAAUACAGCCUGUCUACUUCCUUUCCCAGACGCCCUCUGGAAGUGGGGGGUGACUGGUCCCUGCAGGACACAGGAAUAACUGCGGAUACUGUACUCAAUGUGGAAGAGAAUGAGCAGACAGCUAAUGAAGAAAGGAGAACUACCUGUUCUCCAUAAAAUCAGCGAUGCCAUGGCCUUACAGGACAAUAAAGGAUUCACAUUAAAAUUA